AUGUACCAAGCGCAGACCACGCCUUACAGCGCCGUGCAGGUUACCACCCUUGGCGGGUCGGCUUUGCCUUCCGCUGGUGAGCUGCCGGCUGCGCAGGCAAGCACUUACACCCCAGGGACCUACGGCGGUGUCACCUACACCCCCGGCACUGCGUACACGCCUGGAACCACCAGUGCAGGCACAGCCCCAGCCUACAUGCCUCCCGCCUAUUCCAGCUACUCGACACCCACGAUCGCCGGCGGCGGGGCAGCCUACACAAGCACCAGCUCCCCAUACGGAGCAUACACUGGAGCAUACACACCCUCGACCUAUGCGAGUGCUCUUCCCGCAUACGGCAACACUUAUGGCGGCUACUACGGAAGUGCACCUGUGACUGGGUCCAGCUAUGCCGCAGCGCCGGCAACAGAAAUGCCUGCUGCGACCUACGGCACGCCUGCCAUGGCGGCAGCGACUGCCUACGGCAACGGCUCAUUCACAGCCGCACCAGCGGCACAGGAACUGCCAGCGUACGGAGCCUCGGCCACGCUGCAGCCCGCACCCUCCAUGAUCGUCCCACCUGCAACGAUGAACCCCCUACAGCGGCUUGGUCGCAGGGAAAGAAGGAGGAUGGUUUCUUCUGGGCUGCGGAUUCAAGCGGGCACAAGCAUGCUCUUCUGGAUCGUGCUUUCAGUUGCAUCUUGA